UGUGAGCAUUCCUUUGCAGGCUGGUUUGCAAGAACAGAUUGAAGUUCUUCUUUUGGGGAAUUUUCUUCUGUCCCAGUCACAGUGAUAACAACCCUGGACAGCACUGGUACUCUAAGAAAUGCAAAGAUGCGUCACCGUUGAAGUUCAGUUGUGCAAGUCCCCCUUACAGCAACAUCUCUGUGUCAGAAGAAAAAGGAUAGUUGCAUUGAUUUCAAUGAGUUAGUCUAGCCUUGUCGAGAUGGAGAAGGAGGCAAGCCAACUCGAGAGGGACCAUGUUCACAGUGUAUAUGAGAAAAUUGCUCCUUUCUUCAAUGAUGCACGCUACAAGGCAUGGCCAAAGGUGCAGCAGUUCAUUUCAGAACAGGAACCAGGCAGCCUGAUUGCUGACAUUGGCUGUGGAAAUGGCAAAUACCUUCAUAUCAAUUCUCAAGUCUAUAAACUGGGUUGCGAUUACUGUUUCCCGUUGGUGGAAUCAGCACGGAAUGAAGGCCAUGAAGUAAUGGUAUGUCACAGCCUGUGUCUGCCGUAUCGAAGUGAGUGCUUUGAUGCUGUCUUAUCCAUUGCUGUGAUUCACCAUUUUUCAACGAAAGAGAGGCGCAUGCGAGCAAUAAGGGAGAUGGCUCGCAUCUUGAGAGUAGGAGGCCAGAUAAUGAUAUAUGUGUGGGCAAUGGAGCAAAAACGGAGAAGAUUUGAAAAGCAAGAUGUCUUUGUUCCUUGGAAUCCUUCACCUCCCUCCUGCUCCUCGGGUGAUCCAUGUUCACCUGGAAUACAAAAAUCAAUUCUUCGCAAGGACAAAAAGCUGGCUUUGAACCAGUGCUGCCAUAAGUUGGAUGACACUUUAGAGGUAUAUAGGAAAGCCAGAAGUUCUUCCUGUGGAGCGGGGAAAAAACCCCUGUGCACAGUUCUUGAUAAAUCGCUGAGAUGGUCUCUGUUCUCAAGAUCACUUGACUCUGUAUUAGACUUGGGCAAUCAGUGGCACCGAGAGGAGCUCAUUAGAUAUCGCAAUUACAGCAUUCAGAUGAAUGAAUUAAACAGAAAAAAAAGACUUGAAAAAAACAGGGAGUGUGGCUUUCUGAAACACGUUUCCAACUUUUUUCUACACUGCAAAGAAAGUUUUGAAAAUACAACAGCUUUUGAAGUGGCUGUUAAACCUAUGCUGCCCAUGUCACAUUGUUCCAAGGCUUUCAGAAGUUGCUACUCAGAAUUAGGCCAAGAGACUAUACAGCUCCCUACUGCUGCAGAUACUAUUCACGGCUGCAGCAGAGUGUGUUUACCUGACCUGAUUUCACAUCAGAAAGAAUUAGCUGUCAGACAACAACUUAAAAUAGAUCAUCACUCAAAACAAGGAGCUUUCUGCGAACCUCAGAACAAAACCAGAAUAGGCUGCUCUCCACAGAAAACAGUCGAUGAAUGUGUCCCGAGCAUGAAGAACAGACAGCAGCAGGGUCCUAAUGGGGCCUGUCUAAGGUAUUACCAUGUUUUUAAAGAAGGCGAGUUGGCUGAACUGAUAGAACGUCAUAUUCCUGAGCUACAUAUUAUUGAUUCAUACUUUGACCAUGCAAAUUGGUGUGUGAUUGCAGAGAAGACUAAAGUGUGGACAAUCUAGGGGAACUUUUUUUAUUGAAAGGCACAAAGACCACUUAGGGGCUUUCUUCCUUUUGAAAGCUCCAUGCCUUUGAAAAUCUUUCCUGAAGCUUUUCAUAGCCUUGAGUUUCUUCAGGGCCAAGGGGGAAGUAUGAGGAGGGCAGUAUUUUGCAACUCUUAGGCUCUGUGACUGUUUUCUUUGAUUUUGUUCUUAAAAUAUAUUUCUAUUGAAAUAUUUUUUUUUUCUAGAGGUAUUAUUUCCUAUGAGCACAUUUGAGCACACUGAUCCUUUUUAAUAAAUAGGUGCCAGCUGUGUUUUGUUGCUUUAAAAAAGGUAGAAUACAGUUGGAAGCACAUUGCUGGAUUGUUUUUUAUGUGUGCUUUAAAAGUCUUUGUUACUCGUUUAUAACUAUGUACUUAUUCAUGUCAUAUUUGUAUUUUAGAAUUUAUUGUACUCUGGCACUUGAUGUAACAUAGCAUAGGAAGUAAUUGAAGGAUGCGUUAUUUUAUUACAGUUCACUUUGUCAGCAUAUAUGAAACUUCCAGUCAUACUGGACAGACAGUCUUUUACAAGAAUUACCAUAUAUAUGUGGUAUGUAUAUAGUUCUCAUAGCAGAGACAGUAACUGGUGACAGUGUCACACAGUCUAGAGAACUUUUUCAUUGCCUGGUAACAGUUGCAGCCAAGAAAGCAGAUAGAUAUUUGCCUCCAUAUAUGCCAGUGUAUGACCCCCAAAAAAAUCAGUCUUAAAAGUGAGCUUGACAUGUAUGUUCAAACUAAAUUCCACUGUAAGCAAAACUUGUAGCAGUCAUAAGGAUUUAGUAACCCAUUUAAAACUGUAAAGUGAAUGAGCAUAGCACAGAAAAGUGUUCCAAUGACUGUUAGUCAACUGAGAAAAUAUUUACUAACAUCAGCAUGCAAUAAUAAUGCAUUUAUCCAUGGGUCUGCCUUUUUCAAAGAUCAGCUGCACUAUCCAGUUUUUAUAGAUACUGGGGUAUAUUUACUGGGGUAAAUAACUGUGCUUAAGAUCACAUAAAAUGGAAUAAAGCUUUAAAAGAAAAACUAACAAACAUACAAAAAUCCGAAGCAACGUGCCUGCGUUGUUAAUGAUUAUGUAUGUACUGGGGAGCUCUGUCCAUAGUUUAACUUCCUACCUUCGUUUCUGUGGAUUCAUGAAUCAGCUAGUCAGAGAUCAGUCUUGUUUUCUGACAAAUAUGCCCUUGCAUAUUCUUUAUGUGUCUAUGAGUAACAGAUGCAUAUCACAUUUCCAAAAGUAGCAUGGAACCGUACGCUAAUCUGAGUUUUUUAAUGCAGCUUUAAUUCAAUUUGGAUAUAAUAUCUGUAAUCACAUUUCCUUUACUUCCUCCCACAGAGUUCAUGUCGGCUGUAUCAUACAUCUUGCAUUUUCAGGGGGAAAAGCUGGAGGAGCUAAUCAGUGUCUUCCAUCUGUAAUGACUGCCUCUGCAGUAUUUCUUUUUUCCCCCUAAAUGUUAGUAUCUCUGUGCAAGUGAAAAAAAAUAAUUUUUGGUCACAAAAUGUUGCUGCCGUUCUGAUCUGAACACGCUCUUCUCUUCAUUUUAUUCAUUUGUACCAUUGUCAGAAGGACUUGAUAGAUUUCCCUAUUUUUAAUGCAAAUUCAGGUUGUA